AAUGGAAAGCUUUGGAUGAAGGGAGCCUGCCCUGGUGAGAAGUCUGAGGACUCAGAAAGGCUGGUAUGAGGACAGUGGCUUCAACAUGAUCCACUCAGCUCAAUUUUAAACCGAUGCCGUCACCUGCUAAGUUCUGUGCUAGGAUCAAGGGCAUGCGCUGCUGUAUCCAGUUUUAAACAGGAUUGAACAUAGUACCUCCACAGGACCUGGCGCUUAGCAGAAUUCUUUGCUGACUUUAUAUUGCCCAUAGACAAGUUGAGGAGUGAUGCAGACCGAAAAUCCUCCAAGACCCAGUUUUCAGAUGCUCCCGGGGUUGUGAAGAGAGGCCCGUCUGGAUUAUGUGUCUCCCAGACAGACUAGCUACCUGCUAACAAUGGAUAGGUGCAAGCACGUUGAGCAGUUGCAGCUUGCUCAAGGCCAUUCCAUCCUGGACCCUCAGAAAUGGUACUGUAUGGUCUGCAGCACAACCGAGUCCAUUUGGGCUUGCCUCAGCUGUUCCCACGUUGCCUGUGGGAAAUACAUCCAAGAGCACGCACUGAAGCACUUUCAAGAAAGCAGCCAUCCCGUUGCCUUCGAGGUGAACGACAUGUACGCUUUUUGUUAUCUUUGUAAUGAUUAUGUCCUAAACGAUAACGCAGCCGGAGACCUGAAGUCACUACGGAGUACACUAAGUGCAAUCAAAAGUAAAAAGGACCCCUGUGUGGUUCAGAGUGACUCGGUUUUACAUUCUGUGGAUGCACAGGACCAUGUUUACUCCUUACUCGACGGCACCCAAUCUCUGCCUGGAAACGAGGAUCCAAUGUGCGCCGCCCUCUGGCACAGGAGACGGGCGCUCAUGGGGAAAACCUUUCGAAUUUGGUUCGAACAGUCAGCAAUUGGAAGGAAAGGGCAAGAGCCAACUCAGGAGAGAAUGGUAGCAAAACGAGAGGCGAAGAGAAGGCAGCAGCAGGAGUUGGAGCAGCAGAUGAAAGCCGAGCUGGAAAGCACACCUCCGCGGAAGAGUUUACGCUUACAAGGCUCCUCGGAGGAGGCGGCCACAAUCGAAAUCGUGCCAGUGCAGGCGCCGCCCCCACCUCCCGCAUCCCCAGCAAAGGACAAAGCCGCGCUGCCUACUUCGGAAGACAGGACUUUUAAAAAAGUAAGUGACUCCUUAAUCAAACGAAGGCCCGUGGUAACUCCUGGUGUAACCGGACUGAGAAAUUUAGGAAAUACUUGCUAUAUGAAUUCUGUUCUUCAAGUGUUGAGUCAUUUACUCAUUUUUCGACAGUGUUUUUUAAAGCUUGACCUGAACCAGUGGCUGGCUGUGGCUGCCAGCGAUAAGGCCCGAUCCUAUAAGCACUCAGCCGUCACGGAGGCGGCGGCACAGCAAAUGAACGAAGGGCAAGAGAAAGAGAAAGGCUUCGCAUGCUCCAGACAUUCGGGUUUAUCCUCAGGCCUGAGCGGAGGGGCCUCAAAAGGUCGGAACAUGGAGCUUAUUCAGCCAAGGGAGCCCAGUUCCCCGUACAGUUCUCUCUGCCAUGAAUUGCAUAUCCUGUUCCAAGUCAUGUGGUCUGGAGAGUGGGCCUUGGUCUCGCCGUUUGCCAUGCUUCACUCCGUGUGGAAGCUGAUCCCUGCUUUCCGCGGUUACGCCCAGCAGGAUGCUCAGGAAUUUCUUUGUGAACUUCUGGAUAAGAUACAACGUGAACUAGAGACAACCGGAACCAAGUUACCAGCCCUCAUCCCCACUUCCCAAAGGAGGCUUAUAGAGCAAGUUCUGAAUGUGGUGAAUAACAUUUUUCACGGACAACUUCUUAGUCAGGUUACAUGUCUUGCUUGUGACAACAAAUCAGACACCAUAGAAUCCUUCUGGGACUUGUCCCUGGAGUUUCCAGAGAGAUACCAGUGCAGUGGGAAAGAUGCUGCCUCCCAGCCGUGCCUGGUGACUGAGAUGUUGGACAAAUUUACAGAAACAGAAGCUUUAGAAGGGAAAAUCUACGCGUGUGACCACUGUAACUCAAAGCGUAGAAAGUUUUCGUCAAAAUCAGUUGUAUUCACAGAAGCCCAGAAGCAGCUUAUGAUAUGCCAUCUACCUCAGGUUCUCAGACUGCACCUCAAACGGUUCAGAUGGUCAGGACGUAAUAACCGAGAGAAGAUUGGUGUUCAUGUUGUCUUUGAGGAAACCUUAAACAUGGAGCCUUAUUGCUGCGGGGAGACCCUGAACGCUCUCAGACCAGAGUGCUUUAUCUAUAAUUUAUCUGCUGUCGUAAUUCACCAUGGAAAAGGAUUUGGCUCAGGACACUAUACUGCCUACUGCUACAAUUCUGAAGGAGGGUUCUGGGUCCACUGCAACGAUUCCAAGCUGAGCAUGUGCACGAUGGAAGAAGUACGCAAGGCCCAAGCUUAUAUCUUAUUUUAUACUCAGCGAGUGACUGAGAAUGGACAUUCGAAACUCUUGCCUCCCGAGCUCCUGUCCAAUAGCCAGCACCCCAGUAAGGAGACUGAUGCCUCUUCUAAUGAAGUCCUUAGCUGAUCCAGACAGUGGGCUCUCGUUAUCUGUAUAUAUCCUUUUUAAAUGGGCUGACGUACGCUGCUGUGCUUCAUUGUUUUUAUUCUGGAAUUAUGAUCAGUGCCUGCUAUGUUUAGACAUUGUGUAUUUAACUACGAAGUUUUUCUUUUCUUUUUUUACAGAGACAAACUAUAAAUAUAUGUAUAUCAACUAUAGGCCAACUAAACUUUCUUCAAAUAUUUUGAGUUUUAAACGUUUAGUGUUUAACCUCAGACUCUUAUAUUCUGAUGUCUUAAUUGCCUCAGAUCAUGAAUUUGUGCAAUCUACUAAAGAAAUUCAGGUGGCAUCAUUAUAUACAUAUAAAUAUAUAUUUAUAUAGCUGUAGCUGUUUUCUAUACAGAUUCUAACUCCACGGGGAAGGAGACGCUCGUCACAGAUUGUCUUACUGACUCCAGCUCCUGCCCCCUUGGAGGUAAACAGAGUGGAAGUGAAAUACUGAAGUAUCACUUAGCUCCAGUUAUUCCUGAGGCUUCAUGCUUCUACAGGGCUCGGAAUAGAUUUAAUGCAGAUACUGGUCUUUCACUACAAAAUUUAUUGCUUCCAUAACUGUCCUUUAUUGAGCACAAAUUCAAAAUGAAAAUAGCAGAUUUACACAUGGUAUACUUCAAUGAACUUUGGAACUAUGGGCAAUGAAAAAAUAGUUCUAAUAAGGCAGUCACAAAUUUUUGAAUUUAGCAAACCAAUAAUAUAUUAUGAUACACAAAUGUAGUUUAUCUUGAGAAUGAGUUUUUACGUUUAAUUUUAGAUGUCUUAAGUACUUGAGAUUUAUUUUUUAUUUUUAGUUCAAAGGAGUAAGACAGAUGCAUAGGGGCAGAUGUAUGUAUAUAUAAGGCAGAGAGAACACAGCAGUUCGAGCAUGGCACCUGGGCUAUUACAUCUAAGAUCUUGUUUUUCUUGAAGUACCCUAAGCCUGACUCUUGCUAGGAUUAUGUGACCACUGGGAAUCUCUCAGGGCCCUGGCCCCUCUUUAAAAACACUAGAAGUGAUCUAAACUUGAAUUAACUAAAAGCAAGAGAGAUUCCUUUCGCUGUGUUCUAAAGAUAGCUUUCCAGGUCUUAUGAUUGGAGCUCUGCUGCUGCCAUAGCCAUGGCCACCGCCACCCAACCUGCUCAGAAAUGGGCCUCCACCAACCUACAGAUCCCAAGGAACCUGUCAGGCACUGGGAGAGGGUUUUUUUUUUUCCCCCCCUUCUUCCUAAAGAAAGUGACUUAAUUUACAGCUGACAUCUAAACCAGGAAGAGUUAUCUUUAGCACAGACUUCUGAAAGGAGUGUCACCUGGGGCAGCUGCAACAAAAACAUAUCAACCGAAGACAGAAUCAUAUGUGCCAAAAAUACAGCUGGAGUAAUAGUUGGAGUAAUAUUAGCUCUGGAAAUGCUCACUUACCCAAAGCGUCUAUAAAUUGUUGCAUCAGCUGUUAAAUAUACCUCAUUAAAGAUUCAUGUGACAAAGUUACCGAAUUGAGCCUUUAAUUUCAAGAACCUUUUUUUUUUGAAUCAACACAUUGUAGCACCUUUUUUUUUUUACUAGUAUUUAAGAGAAACAAAACAUUAAACUAGCACACAGCAGGCUGUUGUACUUCCCACUAGAUUUUGUUGUGAAUCUAAGAUUAUACUGAAAACAAAAACAAGAACAAAACCCAAGUGAUGCAAAGAAACUUCAGUUUCCUAUUAAAUGCCUCAGAUCUGCAAGUGCACACCCGCACUCUUAAGUCGUUCCUACAAAAACCAACAGUUUAGGCUGUAAAAUAAUUUACUAAAGGCACUAUUGUUAACCAUCACAGGAAGACACAUCACUAAAUGUAACAAUGACUUAAGAGAUACAUAACUAGUAAGCAAACAACAAGUGUUGGUUUUGGCUUUGUGUUUUGGCUUUCCUUUAUAGGGCCAUACUCCUUCCGGCCACUCAGGACACAAGGAUGUCUGCUCCUAACAGUACUCUGAGAGAAGUUUGGACCUUACAAAGAGGGAGACUGCAGGAAAGGUCUUAGAAAACCUUCAAGUUUAUUUAGGGGUCAGUUUUCAAUAUCCUGGGCUUAGAUGUCAAGCUGCUCAAAAGCCACGACCAUGAAUGCUGAACCCCAGGAGCCAGCUGGAGAGCCUGUGAGUGUGUGUGUUCAAGUGGAGCCCCUCAGCACCAGGAAGACACAGCUCACACAGUCAAAAGUAGCUUUCCCGGAAAACUUCUCAAGCAGCAUGUGGUCCAGGGCCCUAAGUCUACCUUUUCUUCAGAGACAAUGUCAAGC